UUUAAUAAGAAGAGAGAGCGAAGUGGGGGCAGUUAUAUAUAAGAGAAAGGAUGACCUCUCCUUUCCUCCUUCCUGAAAAGUGAUGUUACGGCUCGUGCUUCCCGUUUCAGCUUCUCCCCGGAUUUCUUCUCCGGGUUUCCAACAGAGAUUCUGCUCAUCAAAUCCAUUGUUCGAGUGAAUUAAAAAGAGGGAGAAAGAAAGCAGACUUUAACCAGCUGCUGUAGCAGAAGAUCCACGGGGAUUGGAUUUCUUCUAUUUUUCUAAGCUUCUUUUUAGCCUUUCUCAGACAAAGAAAGAAAAAUAAAAUGGGAGUGAAAGUUGCUACGACGACUUUUUUUCACUGGUCGCAGCCAAUUAUUCAUCAUUCACCAUCUUCCUCUCAAGCACUAGCCCCCGCAGUUGCAUCUCCAUCUUCAAAACGACAGCGUGGUUUCGAUGGAGCUGGAGGUGGAAUGCUCGUAUGUAGAUACGUACAGAGACUAAGCCGACGGGCUCUGUUGGGAAGUCCAUUCACAACAAAGUUACAGAGAGCUCGUUCUUGCGGGUCUCAGAAACCAAGAGGUCAGACUACAAUAAGAGCUAGCAGUGCUAGCUUGGAUGCCUUUUCUGACGAAGAAUUUUCCAAGAAAAUACAAGAAUUGGCUCGCAGAUUCCGGCUUUCUGACGAUGAUGACGAUAGCGGUGACGCGGUAGAUUCGGAAUCAGAGAUUCUUUCUGAUUCUGGAGACAACCUUGGCGGUAUUAAUGGCGGGGGCAUUUAUAAUAACUGUAGCAGUGAUGAUUCUUCAAAUUUAGUGCAGGAUAAAAGGCAGUUUCCUUUGGAUUCGUUAGUGAAGCCUCAAUGGCCAGAAAUCCGGCAAGAGCCACCGGAUUGGUCAGGGAGGGAUGAUAUAAUUCCAGCAAGUAUCGAACGGAAGGCGAAUAGUGUUGAUAUUCCGCUUUCGCUUCGAAUGAUAAAGAGAAAGAUGCAAUGGCAAGAAGGGUUUAGAGAAGCAGGGGAAUCUGCUUAUUGUUCAGUGAAGAAGGCGUUUUCUUCUAUGGUGUUCAUAAUUCGAGAACUUCAUAGUCAUAGUUUGCAAAUGAGAGAGUUUCUAUUCACUGAAGAUUUACAAGGGAUUCUUGCUGGUGUACAACAAGAAAUGCAUGCUUCUUUCGUUUGGUUGUUUCAGCAAGUGUUUUCGCGUACACCUACACUUAUGGUGUAUGUGAUGAUUCUCCUUGCAAACUUUACUGUACAUUCCAUGGCCAAUAACACAGCAAUUGCAGCUCCACCGAAUACAGGGUCUUACGCAGCCACAACAGAAAGUGUAUCUGUUGUUGAAAAUCUAGACCAGAAGAAUCAGAAGUUUUAUUCUUCAUCAGUAAAGACGUUUUCGGUACCAUCAUCAAGUGGUAAAACAACUUCAAUUGGGGGCAAUAAUGGCGGUGGUGGAAAGGUCCGGCCAGUCGCCAGUGGCACUGAAGGCGAUGGAUCGUUCGACCAGUCGAGCCAAUUUAGAACAAUAGUCCCUGAUGGGGCUUCUCAGCUGUCAUCUUUAGGGACAUCAAGAGAGGCAGAGUCGGUAUCAGAGCAAGUGAGUGGAGCAGAGGAGUUGAGUCUAUGGAAUUCAAUUAUAGAUGAAGCUUCAAAAAUACAGUCUUCAUUGAGAGAUGUAUCUCUUGAUCAUGAGACCACACAUAGAUUUGUUUCGCCUAUUAGCGCGAAGAUUGAGGCAGAUGAUUAUGAAGAUUAUUUUAGAACAGAUUUACUAUAUCAAACUGGAUUGUCUCAAGACCCUAACAAUCCUCUCCUCCUUGCCAAUUACGCUCAAUUCCUCUACAUGGUUGCCCACGAUUACGACAGAGCAGAGGAUUACUUCAAGAGAGCAAUAGGGGUGGAGCCACGAGAUGCAGAGGCAUAUAGCAAGUAUGCAAGCUUUCUAUGGCAUGUGAAAAAGGACUUGUGGGCAGCCGAGGAGACUUUCUUGGAAGCCAUUUCUGCUGACCCUACAAGCUCUUAUUAUGCUGCUAAUUAUGCUCAUUUUCUCUGGAACACUGGUGGUGAGGACACUUGUUUCCCUCUUGGCUCCCCAGAUAAUGCCCGAGAGGUGUAAAAGGCUAAACAAGGGGUAAAAAAUCAAUCGAAGAGAUUAAAAUCCCCUUCGUUUCCACUUCUUGACGUAAUAAAAAGUUGCAUAGUGAUAAUGUUGACAACCGUAUCUGCCAGAAAUAGAAAGAAAAGAAAAUGAGAUUUUUUUCUUUAGGGAAUCUUUCGGAGUACACGUGUUUCGGUGGUGCGUGUGGGUGGUGGGCCGGUGGUGUUUGGAAGAUGGGAUUCACGUGACCUUUUGGAGGAUUAAUCGGCAAUUUGCACUCGUACAUGGCAACAGCAGCCGAGGGCAAUUGAAGGAGGGGGUAGUUCCGGCAUUUAGUUUUGCACAGUUGAAGAAAGUGUAAUUAUUCCAUCUUCAAUAAUCAUUGUAUGCCAUUUUUAAUUUCGAUACAGUAAUUAAGGUGAUGAACAUCAAUAUAAAUAAGUUUCUCAAUU